UCAUAUUGUUUUUCUUCUCUGAAAUUCUGCGAAAAAACAAGAAAACACAUCUUAUAGAAUAUAUCUUAUUUCGAUCUUAUUUAUCGUCUCACCAUAAAUGACAAUAGGUUUCACCGGCACUGAAUUCUUCCCUCCAAACUUUCCGGUAGCUGACACACAAUCUUCAGGCUCACCGGAGUCUGGCAUUCCGGAGCUCCUCGUGUUCUCCCUCGUCAAGUUUAGGAAAAGACAAAAGGUUUAAUUGGCUCGAAUAAUCUCCCUCGCUACCUAAUAUUGACUACGAUGGAGAAUCAACCGCAGGGCUCUGGGGUGGAUAAUAUUCUAGAAGUAGGAGCUGAAAAUAAUGAAGACAUCAUAAUAAAAAAGAAGGGUUUGAUGGGCAAAAGCUGGACUUCAGCAUUUCUGUUAUUAGCCAAUCAAGCACUCACAACCCUAGCUUUCUUCGGUGUGGGGGUGAACCUAGUUUUGUUCUUGACUCGUGUGAUGGAGCAAAGCAACGCGACUGCAGCGAAUAACGUGAGCAUAUGGACCGGAACUGUCUACUUGUGCUCCCUCGUCGGAGCAUUCCUCAGCGACUCGUACUGGGGCCGUUAUAUCACCUGCGCCCUUUUCCAAGCAGUACUUGUUGUGGGUUUGAUUCUACUAUCCCUCACAUCAUGGUUUUUCUUGCUGAGCCCAAGAGGUUGUGGAGAUGGGAAGCUAGAGUGUGGCUCAAAGGAAACAUAUGCCAUACCCAUUUUCUACCUGGCCAUCUACUUGGUUGCUUUUGGUUACGGCGGCCACCAACCCACCUUAGCCACCUUCGGCGCGGAUCAGUUCAUUGGAUCCGAUGCCAAGACCACCGACGACAAGUCUGCCUUCUUCUGCUACUUCUACUUCGCCCUCAACGUCGGUUCCUUGUUUUCCAACACCAUUUUGGUCUACUACGAGGAUGCCGGGAAGUGGACUCUCGGCUUCUGGGCAGCCACGGGCUCAGCUGUGGUGGGGCUCAUCGUGUUUCUGGCUGGCACCCGCGGUUACGAAUACAUUAAACCAAGUGGGAAUCCUAUACCGCGCGUUGCGCAGGUAUUCGUCGCUGCCGGCAGGAAAUGGAAGGUCUCUCUCACGGAAGGAGAUGGGUUGUAUGAGGUUGAAGGAACCCAAUCCGCCAUUAAAGGAAGCCGAAAGAUCAGGCAUACUGAUGAAUUUACGUGUCUUGACAAGGCUGCAAUCAUGACGGAGGACGACUGCUGCGGCCCUUUAGAUCCAUGGCGGGUGUGCUCGGUGACGCAGGUGGAGGAAGCCAAAUGCAUCAUCCGAAUGCUGCCGAUAUGGCUGUGCACGAUUGUGUACUCGGUGGUGUUCACCCAAAUGGCGUCGCUCUUCGUGGAGCAAGGAGAUGUCAUGUACUCGCAUAUCGGGAGUUUCCAUCUCCCGGCCGCGAGCAUGUCGGUUUUCGACAUCUGCAGCGUGCUCUUCUGCACAGGAAUAUACCGCCAGAUCCUGGUCCCGAUAGCAGGAAGGCUGAGCGGGAACCCCAAGGGGCUGACGGAGCUCCAACGGAUGGGGGUGGGGCUGAUCAUCGGCAUGCUGGCAAUGUUCGCGGCAGGGCUGACUGAAAUGGAGAGGCUGAAAAGGGUGGUGCCCGGGCAGCCGGUCAGCUCCCUGAGCAUAUUCUGGCAGAUCCCUCAGUAUGUGCUGGUGGGGGCGUCGGAGGUGUUCAUGUACGUCGGGCAGCUGGAGUUCUUCAACGGGCAGGCUCCCGAUGGGAUAAAGAGCUUCGGAAGCUCCCUCUGCAUGGCCUCCAUAUCUCUCGGAAACUUUGUCAGCAGCCUGCUCGUGCAAAUGGUGAUGGGCAUCACUGCCCGGAACGACAUGCCUGGAUGGAUCCCUGAGAAUCUCAACGAAGGCCACAUGGACAGAUUCUACUUCCUCAUCGGAGUGCUCACCGCCCUCGAUUUUGUCAUCUACAUCUGGUGUGCUAAGUGGUACAAGUGUAUUAAGGUCGGAGAGGAUGAUGAAGCCAAGGCCAAUGCCGUAGAGAGAGUUUGAAGAUGAAGCAAGACCCUUGAGCCUUCU